AGUAGUUGAAAGCUGGAGGCUGGAGGGGGGAAGCUCGCUGUCUGUGUGUUGGUGUCAUGCUGUGAACAUGAGGAUCCUGUGCUCUGUGACUGGGUUGUGCUUGCUAGUGUGUUUAGUUGGAAGCCAGUUGUCCACCAGUGUAAUCCCUUUCCUUACCUCGGAUGUUUCCACCAUUGGUGCCAAUUGCAGUUCUGUGAACACCACUCAGUGCACGGCUUGCCCAGCGGGGACGUUUUCCAGUAAUGAUACUGAAUCCUGUGUCUGUUGUCAGAGUGGCUUCUGUCUGGAUUCCUCUGGAUGUUUUCCAUGCUCAGCGGGUUUCUACCAGCCACAGCCAAGCCAAUUGACCUGUCUUCCAUGUCCAGAAGGGUUUUAUAGCAACACCAAUCAAAGCACUGUGUGCCAAUCCUGCCCAGCUGGCCACUACUCCAAUCAAACUGCCUCUGUGCUCUGUAUGGACUGUGAUAAAGGUUUCUUCUCCUCUCAAGAGAAUGCCACAUCCUGCCAAGCGUGUUUACCUGGGACUUUUUGCAACGUGACCACAUGUACCAGCUGUACGGUUUGUCCAAAUGGUCAGGAAGCUGUAAAUGCAGGUUCUCCAGAGUGCAGUCUAUGUCUUCCAGGAACAUCUAAAGGACCCGGACAACUUUUUUGUGUGUACUGUCGAGAUGGUGAAUAUCAGGACAAAUGGGGUGCGGAACGUUGUGAAAUGUGUCCUGCAGCUCACUAUUGUCCUAGCCCUGAUAUUAGUCCCAUUGCAUGUCCUGAGGACGCAUUCUGCCCAGAAGGAAGCACUGCGCCACGUUACUGCAUGGAAACCUUCUUGAGUAAAUCGGGAGAUACUUGUGUGUGGUCAACUCUCAGCUUUGCACUGCUAAUGCUAACUGUGUCGCUUGGAUUAGUUAUUUGUGCUGGCAUUAUAUGCUAUCGUGAUCGUCGGAUUCUUAAUAGAAUAAGAAUCUUUUUACCUCAAAGACCUUUCUACGUCGGACCCAUCAGAACCCAAACUGACAGUUCUCGAACUCCCUUGAUUGGUGAGCAAAAUUCGCCAGGUUCAAUGUAUGUAAAGUACGACUCCGAGCCAGUGUAUGCUGGAUGGUAGCUUGUAAGGACCU